AUGUCGGACCCAAUAAUUCCCCCGUUCUGCACCAUCACCAUCAUCGCCGUCGCCUUGCUCUUCUUCUUCGGCGCCCUCACGGUAUGGAACUUCCGCAGCCUCAAGAGCGAGACCCGCCGCCACAAGUCCAGCAAUAGCUGGCUCAGCAACACCAUCGGUGGCAUGAGCACCUUCCUAGAGAAGAUCGACACCAAGAUCGAUAGCAUCCAGACCGUGCUAGACCAACACCGCGAAGAGACCAACAAUAAAUUCGAGGCCGUCGCGAAGAAGCAGGAGCAGACAAUCAAGAUUGCGCGCCGGCGAGACCGACACGCGAUGGGGCAACACGUUCGCACUCGCGUCAAGAACAAGACGCUCGAAGAGGCGCUCAAGAAGGCGGAGCAGAAGCGGCGAGCUGCGCUUUUGUGGAAGAAAUUCUACAAGAACGCGUUCCAGAUGAGGAAUCAGGACUUCGAAGACGCGCAGAAGCGUGCUGCCGAGCGCCCCGACAAGCUUGAAGCGCUUAUCUCGGCGCUCUUGACUCAGAAGAUGCUGGGAUUCGAGAGCUCCGUCCCGCAGAAACUCUCACCCAUCGCUGCAGCCACGGCCCAGGAGACGGUACCCACACCUGUCCAAAAGCUUUCGGUAGUGAGCCCCAUCGCUGUGCAACAGACAGAACCGGCAGCAGCAGUGGCUCCGAAGAUGUCACUGUCCACCGUCACCUUUCAAGAGACGGCGCCAGUCGGCCGAGAGUCCAUCACCAGCAGCACGCAGACUGAAGAGCGGACCGUCACCGCCAGCAAGUCUGCAGACAAGGAGAUGGCCUCAAUCAAGUCUGACCGCGAUAAAGCCUUCAAUGAGCGUGACCAGCAGAAGGAAGCUCUUUCCCAGCUAAUCACGGCCAUCUACGCCUUGGAGAUCAAGCGCAAUGGAUCCUCUCCGGAUGGCACUGCUCUGUUCCGACCAGUGGCUCCCGGCAACAACAGGCUGAAUAUCAGGUCCAGUGCUUGUUAUGAUACCCUUGUCGGCAGGAUCACGGACGCUCUGACGGAGUUGGAGAAGCAGAGUGAGGGAUAUGUCGAAAAGAUCAAGUCCGCUGAAGCCGACCGGGAUGCCGCACAAGGAGCUGUGAACGAUAGCAAGGGAAAGGUCGCAGAACUCCAGAAGAAACUGCGAGACAUGGAAGAGAAGCACCGUAAUGAAGUUUCUACCCUCACCAAAGAGAAGGAAGCCACUGCAGAGGAGAUUCGCAAGCUGACCGACAGCAUCCCUGACAUCCGCAAAGCCGCAAGAGACGAGUCAAUGGAGCUGUUGAAAGAACAGUAUGCAAAGAAGAAGUCCGUGCUUGAACGAAUCCAUCAGGACAAGAUGGCCAACGUGGAGGCCGAGCUUUGUGCCAUUCACAACGUGACCGCUCACGCCGCCGAAGUUACCCAGGAGCGCGACGCGGCCAAUGAGAAGCUUGCAACUCUUCACGCCACCCACAAGAAGGAUAUGGAACUCGCCAAUACCGAGAAGAACAAGCUCCAGUCCGAUAUUGCAACCCUUCGUGCUAGCAAUGAGCGAGACAUAGACGUCGCCAACACCGAGAAGAACACGCUUCAGUCCGAGCUUGAUGGUGUCAAAGACAGGCUGGAUCGAUUGGACGCCGAGAAGACAAAGCUCGAGGCCGAUUGCAAGUUGACGGAUUCGCAGCUCAAAAUCAGCCAAAAUGAGCUGGAAGAACAGCGUCGCUUGAGCGCGCAGAAGAACAAGACGAUCGAAGAACUCAGCGCCCAGUUGCGUGGCAAAGACGCUCUUCAGAAGACUUGCGACGAGGCCCAGACCAGGAUUCAGCAGCUUCAGGUCGAGCUGGAAGGCGCCAAAACUGAGCCCGCCCAGUCGCAAUCUCUCAAUACGCAAGACCAGCAGGAGCUCGCGUAUCUACGCCUCUACGUGUUUGGCACUCAGGAGCGGGAAGGUCUGCACCAAGCUUGUCCGCGAUUGGAGGGUGAGCUUCUGGAAGCACAAGCUAAGGCUGAAAGGCUGGAGCUGGAGCUGGACGACGCCCGUGUGGCGUUGUGGAUGGAAGACCAGGAAGUACAGGAGAGUGACGAUGAUAGCCAGCUUCAGGAGGACGGAGAGGAGGCUACCCAGGACGAAGACAAGGAAACAUGCGUCCAGGAUAGUCCGCCCAACGAAGUGAAGGAUUCUAGCAUCGGCGGCGAGCGCAAGCGUCCAAGCGAGAACCGUCAGCGGUGGGCCGACGAUGUCGAAGCCGCCAUCAAGAAUGGCGAGUUGUCUCCACCUAAGGAGAAAGCCAAAGGCAAAGCCACGGUUGAAGAGCCUGCGAAGAAGGAGAAGGCCGGGGACAAGGCCACGGUUGAAGAGCAUCAUAAAGAAGAGCUUGAUACGUCAAAGACCAAGGCACCAGAACCAGCUCCCACGACCCGGCUCUCAGAAUGCAACAAAUGCCACCAGCACGUCGAAAUCCCCUUUGGCAAUCGCCCGGAUGGCACCAAGUACUUGGACUGGGCGGACCACAACCGUGUUUGCUCGCCGCCAAACAAACUCCAUCCCUCCAUUAAGGACUCAGACUUCUGCAAGCAUUGCGGCAUGAAGAUCACGGACCGGGGCGAAUUCUUCAAGAAGCACAUGCCGCAGUGCUCCAAGAAUGCUAAGAAGGAGGGUACAUACAAUGCCUUCGAUCCGAUUACCGGUGAGCGUAUCCAGCGCCGGCAGUUAUACGAUGGUGUAGCGCCUACGCUCGAUUUCGGGGGAGUUAGGGGGAUUAAUUACCAGCACGACAGGCAAUAUGUCGACGAGGCGCAUGCUCGAGAGGGCUCGGGGGCGUCGCCAGUCGGUGGCAGGCCGGCAACUCCUGCUCCCGCACCUGUGCAGACUCCAAUUCAUGCACCUGCACGGCCUGCUGCUCCUGCACCUGCGCAGACUCCAAUUCGUGCCUCUGCGCGGCCUGCUGCUCCUGCCCCUGCCCGUGCGCAGACCCCCGACGUUGCUCAACGGGUACAGACUCCUGCUCCUACCCGAGCGCGGACACCAGCAGCAGGCCCGGUUCCAAACACGCCUAACACGGCCAACAACAACGAGGAGCAACUUCUCGACCCAGAUGAUCCAGCCGUGAUAGCGCUUCAGCAGACGAUGAGACCGGUUACUGGAGUCCGUCUAAAGCCGGCAGAGUUCAUGCCAGGUAUGAAGAAGGGUGGAAUGGCGGCGAGUCGAUAUGCGGACUAG